AUGGGGCUGAGUCGGGUACGGGCCGUUUUCUUUGACCUGGAUAACACACUCAUCGACACGGCCGGCAGCAGGAGAGGCAUGUUGGAGGUAAUAAAGCUCUUACAAUCAAAAUACCAUUAUAAAGAAGAGGCUGAAGUCAUCUGUGAUAAAGUUCAAGUUAAACUCAGCAAGGAAUGUUUUCAUCCCUACAGUACAUGUAUUACAGAUCUGAGGACUUCGCACUGGGAAGAAGCAAUCCAGGAAACAAAAGGUGGUGCUAACAAUAGGAAACUGGCUGAAGAAUGUUACUUCCUGUGGAAGUCUACGCGCUUACAGCAUAUGACCCUAGCGGAAGAUGUCAAAGCCAUGCUCACUGAACUUCGAAAGGAGGUCCGCCUGCUCUUGUUAACAAAUGGGGACAGACAGACACAGAGAGAGAAGAUUGAGGCUUGUGCUUGUCAGUCCUACUUUGAUGCUAUUGUUAUAGGUGGAGAGCAGAAAGAAGAGAAGCCAGCACCUUCCAUAUUUUACCACUGCUGUGAUCUCCUUGGAGUACAGCCUGGGGACUGUGUGAUGAUUGGUGACACAUUAGAAACUGAUAUACAAGGAGGCCUUAAUGCAGGGCUGAAAGCAACAGUAUGGAUAAACAGAAGUGGAAGAUUGCCAGUGACAUCAUCCCCCAUUCCACACUAUGUGGUUUCUUCUGUGCUAGAAUUACCUACUCUCUUACAAAGUAUAGAUUGCAAAGUCAGCAUGUCAGUUUAAAGCACAUAAAAGGCAUGAUUGCAAAGUUUAAAAGGUUGGAACUAAGAAAAGGCAUUCCAUAUAUUAUGGUCCAGUUCUGAGAACAAUUUGACUUAGAAAUUCAUGGCCGUUUUAUAAAGGUCCUCUCAAUCUAACUGCUUUUGACCAGUAACCAUAGACUUGUAUUUUUAUCUGAAAACCUAGAAUGCAUUAAUACAAGUCACUUUUAGUAGUGUAGUCCCGAAAACUUGGGAAGUAGAAUAUUUGUUAGUCUGUGACUUGAGAUUUUUAAAAAUUAUUUUAAUUAUCUUUUAAUAUCUUAGCUUCAGAAUACCAAAUGGAAUCUUACACAUGGCUACACAGGUACAGAUUGCAUGGCUUAGAAAUAGAUAUUUUUAAAUAAAUGUUCUAAAACAUAGAUGACAGAGAUCAGAGCAAUAAGGUCUGGUUAAUAUGAAAUAAGUACUAAAUCAUGCAAACCAAGGGGUUUCAUAGUGAAAUUACUUUUGCACAUUUUUUUAACAUAAACCAUAUUUUUUGCCUACUUUAGGUGUGUAUGUUCUUUUCUAUUAUGAAUCUAAUUUUUCUGCAUGACCUUUUUUCGGUGGGUUGUGUUUCUGUGCUGUGUAUAUGACAAGUAGAUUGCUUCAGUUACAAAAAAAAAAAAAAAAAA